AUGGCCGAAGUGACCACGCUUCCUUGGCCAAAUGUACGAGAAGACUAUGAAUUAUUGGAAGUUAUAGGUGCUGGGGCAACUGCUGUGGUGCAGGCCGCUCUGUGUAAACCUCGUAAUGAGAGAGUUGCCAUAAAGCGGAUUAACCUGGAGAAAUGUAACACCACUGUGGAGGAACUGCUGAAAGAGAUCCAAGCGAUGAGUCAGUGUAAACAUGAGAAUGUCGUUUGUUACUACACGUCGUUCGUUGUCAAGGAGGAACUCUGGGUUAUCAUGAAGCUGUGUAGUGGAGGCUCUAUGCUUGACAUUGUGAAAGCCAGGAUGCGUACAGGCCAGUACAAGAAUGGUGUGUUAGACGAGGCCACUAUAGCUACUGCCCUGAAAGAAGUGCUCAAAGGCCUGGAAUACUUCCACAACAAUGGCCAAAUACACAGAGAUAUAAAGGCAGGCAAUAUUCUAAUUGGUGGUGAUGGCUGCAUCUACAUAGCAGAUUUUGGUGUUAGUGCUUGGCUGGCCACGGGCAAGGAUAUCACAAGAGAUGCUGUCCGUCAUACGUUUGUAGGAACACCUUGCUGGAUGGCCCCUGAGGUCAUGGAACAGGUGAGCGGCUACGACUUCAAGGCUGACAUCUGGAGUUUCGGCAUCACUGCAGUCGAGCUGGCGACGGGAACAGCCCCAUAUCACAAGUACCCACCCAUGAAGGUGUUGAUGCUAACGCUGCAGAACGAGCCCCCGAACCUGGACACGGGGGCGGAGGACAAGGACCAGUACAAGGCGUACAGCAAGAUCUUCAGGAAGAUGAUCGGGGAGUGUCUCAAGAAGGAGCCCGAGAAAAGGCCAACAGCGAAACAGUUACUAAAACAUGAAUUUUUCAAGAAAGCUAAGGACAAAGCGUAUAUUGUAAAGACCUGUAUCUCUGACGGUCCAACUAUGAAAGCACAAAAGGUGAAGCGUGUGCCUGGUUCGAGCGGUCGACUCCACAAGACUGAGGACGGUUGUUGGGAGUGGUCAGAUGAUGAACUUGAUGAGAAUUCGGAAGAAGGAAUGGCUGCCAUAUCUGCGACUAGGUCUCCCAGAGUGAAGAAUGAGGCAGUACAGCUACCAGAUGCUAAACAACGACAAGCUCAGUUAGGUCAGCCUGGCAUGGCAGCCCCGGGCGCCCCACCCGCAUCCACCCAGCCCGCCACCAACAUGGCCGCCGCUAGCUCACCAGGCACAGCAGGUUCUGCUUCAGCACCAGGUUCCAGUCCCAAUGCCGCUGCCGCCAGCUUACUGUCCACAGCCGUAGAUACCGCUCAAGUCGGUGAGACACACCCUGCAGAUAGCACGCCGGCUAAGUCUCAACAGGUUGAAGCCCCUCUAUCUAAAUCCAUCAACCUUGUAUUACGCUUAAGAAAUGAAAAGAAGGAACUGAAUGAUAUAAAAUUUGAUUUCACACCUAAUCAAGAUACCUCUGACAGUGUAUCUCGGGAGUUAGUCGAGGCAGGACUUGUGAGUGGCAAGGACAUGAUCGUUGUGGCUGCAAAUCUGCAAAAAAUUCUAGAAAAACCGGACACUAAGAAUAUCACUUUUCGCUUGAAUUACACCUGCAAAGACAAUGAGGUCCCGGACGAUAAAGCGCUUAUCGGCUUCGCCCAGCUGACGAUUAACGAUUGACGUAGUUUGAGACCAUAGCGAUACCUCCUAGAACAAACACUGACUAACUGUGAUACCAUGGUGAACACAUAUCGUCAAGCACACGCUGUAUAGACGCUAGCACCCGCCAUCUAAGCCCAUUGUGGAGCUACAAGAUACCAAGAUAGGCAGACAAAGAUGAACAUGGAGGGAGGCAUAUUCAGUCUGCGUUUCAUAUGAUACCACAUUACAAUAACUGGAGAUUAAAGUACAUGGUCCUCGGAAAA